GUCACACUAAUAAAGCUACAAAGAGGAAGAAGACGAUUAAGGAGAAAAUUAUAAGUUUCACCAGCUAUCUGCAAAGAAUUACCGCACAGCCUAAGAACGCACAUUGUGCGCGCACCCGCAGUUAACAGUGUUAAACACUUUCAAUAAUGGCCGACGAUAAAAGCUACGACUCCAGCAACAACAGCGAGACCGAGGAGCGUCGGGCCAAGCACAAGAAGGCUAAAAAGCACAAGAAACACAAAAAAUCUUCGACUGGCAAGUCCGAGAAGGACAGGCAUAUCCACAAAAAGCAGAAGAAGGCAAAAAAGCGCCCCCACCGCACAAGCGAGUCCUCAAACGACUCGGACGCCCCGGAAAACGCAAAGCCAAAGCUAUCGCAAAAUUGCGGUCUGAGUAGCAAGUUCACAGAAAUCAUGCAGAAGGCGAGCCGCAACGGAGCCGACUUCCGUGUCGGCAAACCCCUGCUGCCGACGGAUCCGAGCAGUCUUGUUGAAGAAAUCACCAAAACUAUUCAGAAUAAGAUGCUGCCCGUCCUGGAGGUGGCCAGUUCUGGCAGCGAAAGCGAUGUCCCCGCCGAUGCGGCGACUCCUAUCAUUACUUCUAUUAUUGAAGACGAGCUUAACUUGGAGGACUUGAUGCGACAGAAAGCCCUGCUGCAGGCUCGCCUGGGCGCUUACAUGUCGGACCCCGAGGCCGAGGAUAAGGGCGAUCUCCCAUACACACAGUCGCAGCAGCUUGUUGCUCACACCAAAUCAGUGCUCAAAGCUGACACAUCCGCAUCGCAGCCCCAACCCAGCAAGUCUGCAGCGCCGUUGGCUACUGCAACCAGUAAACAUGCUAAUAUUAAAAAGUCUACCACGCAUAACUCAAAUGAAUCCGAUGUUAUAUUGUUGGAUGAUUCUAGCGGAGGCCAGCGAACCCCCUCGCCCACGCCCGAGAAGCGAAGGCGCCACGCAUCCCCGCUCCCAGCAGCUCCGAGAAGUCGUGGCCGUAGGGAUCGUCGUUCGAGGGAUCGCGACCGUUCACCCCCACGUCGCCGAGCAUCAGAUCAGCAGGCGCAGGUUCGACCGCGAAGCCGCAACCGCAACAUGGAGGACCUACGACAGGAAAUAAACCGAGACAAGCAAAGGGAAAGACGGGACCAUAGCCGGGACCGGGAUCGGCGAGGAUUGGAUAGGCCGCCGCCACCCACUGAUCUGAGACCAGGUCGUGCACGGGAGCGAGACGUUCGGCCGGGUCGCAAUCAGCGGUCGCACAGCCGCAGUAAGUUUGAGUCAGACAGGCGACGAGAGCGGGAGCGGCAAAAGGACCGGGAUCGUGGUGGCUUUGAUCGUGGUAGCGGACGCGGAGGAGCCCGCAGUGGGACUGACAACGGGGACAGAGAUCGGUACAAGGGUUCGCUGAGCGAGGGGCAAAAUAAGCUCGAGAAGGAGAGCAGUGACGAGGAGGUGAAUGUGGACAUUGCCAUUUUCGAUGAAGAUGAUGACGAAGAACGUAUCAUUGAGUUACGUAGAAAGAAGCGCGAGGAGCUACUCAAGAAACUGGGCACUGGACAGGAAUCUCCAGCUCCUCAUAACUCAGUCUCGUACGAGUCCCGGAGUACUUCACAAGAGUCAUCCCAACGCGAGAGGCCUUUAAGAACGCCGACGCCAACCCUGCCUUGCUCGAAUUCACUUAGCUCAGAAAUGCAAAAAGAAGAUAUGGAUAACUCGAAUAGCCAAAAAAAUUGCUCCGUCAAGGAAAAACGAAACGAGUGGGAUAUGUUUGCCGACCAAGAUGUGGAUUCCAAUUUCGAUGUGAGUCGCAAAAUUUCACCCAACACAAUCGUCCAAAAUAAGCACCAACACGAAAAUCCCGCCCUCACAGACAACUGGGACGAUGCAGAGGGUUAUUACCGAGUUCGUAUCGGGGAAGUUUUGGACAAUCGCUACCUAGUGAAUGGAUACACAGGCCAGGGUGUCUUCAGCAACGUAGUGCGUGGCAGAGACCAAGCUCGGGGACAAGCUAAUGUUGCCAUUAAGAUCAUACGGAACAACGAAAUAAUGCACAAAACUGGCUUGCGGGAACUAGAAAUAUUGAAAAAGCUGAACGACGCCGAUCCAGAGGAUCGUUUCCACUGCCUGCGAUUGUAUCGUCACUUCUUUCACAAGCAGCAUCUUUGUAUGGUGUUUGAGCCAUUAGCAAUGAAUCUGCGGGAAGUACUUAAAAAGUAUGGCAAGAAUGUGGGACUCCACAUCAAAGCAGUGCGUAGCUACACGCAGCAACUAUUCUUGGCUCUCAAAUUGUUAAAAAAGACGGGCAUCUUGCAUGCGGACAUUAAGCCGGACAACAUCUUGGUAAACGAAAAUAAUCUGAUACUUAAGUUGUGUGAUUUUGGUUCUGCAUCGGCAAUCAGCGACAACGAAAUAACACCGUAUCUGGUAUCGCGGUUCUACCGCUCACCAGAGAUCAUUUUGGGAAUUCCGUAUGACUACGGAAUCGACACUUGGUCUGCCGGCUGCACAAUUUAUGAGUUAUACACAGGAAAGAUUUUGUUCAGCGGGAAGAGUAAUAAUCAGAUGCUAAAGUUUUUCAUGGACGUUAAAGGCAAGAUACCAAACCGAAUUAUCAGAAAAGGUCAGUUUAGAGAGCAGCAUUUUGACCAGAGCUGCAACUUUCUGUAUCAUGAAAUAGAUAAGCUCACCGAGAGGGAAAAAAUUGUUGUAAUGCCAGUAGUCAAACCUUCGCGUAGCCUGCAGCAGGAACUAAUUGCUGACCAAAACUUGCCAGACGAUCAACACCGCAAGGUCACCCAGCUCAAAGACCUUCUGGAGAACAUGUUUGCCUUGGACCCGGCUAAACGGAUAUCUCUUAACCAGGCACUAGUUCAUCCAUUCAUACAGGAGAAGAUGUAAAUCGACCGGCGAAAACAAUGAAACUGUGCCGCUUGGACGAGCUUUCCUUGGCCUUGUGGCUGGCUGAACUGUUUGGGCUUUCAACAUUUUUUUAUCUACGCCUUCCAAUUUCAACUGCGUGCUGUAAUCCGUGAGUAUAUUACUUAUAACAUUCCUAUAGCUAAUUGAUCGACUACAAUUCUGUCCAAGUAAGUAAGGUACCUAACUUUUAAAAUUAUACUUGUGGAAGCGCUAAUACAUAACAGUUCGUUAGUUGAAGUCAUCAGUGGGUACUGGCAGCUCUAGAGCUGUCUGCAGAGUUUCGCUCAAGCUCAGAUAGUGCAGCUCUGGAGGCUGAACUUCACUUUUAAGAAAGCACUUGACUUUUUUGGGUUUCCAGUUGUUGUCGGCAAACGGGUCCCGCAGCAGUCCAAAUGCACAUUCAAAGAUUCCGACGCAGCUAUCACUGGAGUGCAGAGUGCCGCAGCAGAUCACUACGAACUGCCCAUAGGAAUCCAUUCGACCCUGAAUACCGGCGUGCGUCAGGUUCGGAUUAAAAUAAAAGUCGAACUGCUGCUUUGCGCUGGUUAGAGUCGAUAGCACCUCGGCAGCCGUUUCGCACUCCCACUCAUUGAUUCCAUCACUGGCUAUGAUUGUGAGAUGUAGCGCCGCAUCGGCCCACAAAUCCACGAGACUGAAGGUGUCUGCGUUGAGGCGCUCGAAGAACCACUCGCCGAACUUUCGCGCAAUUGUGUGAAUGGGGUAAUCCUCUUCGUUUUUUUUGUGAAGCAAGCUGGAAUUCUGGUCUCCGGAAAGCUCUGUGCUUGGUUGAUGCUCCUGCUUCCAAUACUGAAUAACCUUGGCUAUGAGGUCUGCCUUGCUGAAGUCUGUGGCUGCGUCCGCGCGCCGACUGCUUAAAUACGUAAAAAGGAGCUCCUUCGUUAUGGCGCGCUUGGAAAGCAGUACGUAAAUGUCAGGAAUGUGUGCAGUAAUCAGACGAAGGGCCUCUGCAAGUUAAAUACAAAACUCUUAUCGAUUGAGCAGAUGCCGAGAUAAAAUCUUACCCUCUGGGUCUUCGGUUUUGCAAACAUUUUUGGUGGCAGCUUUUGCCAGUUGUAGCAGGACGGCUAAGUUCUUAUCAUUUACAAGUAACUCCCGCAGCCCUUGCUUCUGGCUGUCCGAAAUCGGCAUGUCGAAUAUACUAGUUUUCUUUGGCGGCAACAAACUAAAUCGUUUUGUUAUUCCUCACCAA